CCACCUUGCGCCCCUGAGUCCGAGCACCCCAGGUCACUCUUGCGCAUGGUCACCCAGCGAGAAGCCAACCCUCCCCGUCUUCCCCUGUUCCAGGCUUGGGAGCUGCUCUGCGGGCAGCCAAUGUUCGCGACGUGGCCUUGGCUGACCCAGGCCGGCGCUGCCCCAUGGUGGCGCGUCCGGUCUCGCGGUCCUCGGGCUGCUUCCCUUCGCGCCCCUGCCCCUCCAGGCAAGGCGGCAUAGGAUGAGCUUCGCAACGCUUUCGGGACUGGUAGCCUCCGCACCGAUGGCUCCAGCGGGCAGCCCCAGAGGGUGCUGUGGUUCCGGACGCGCCCGCCGGCCGAGUCGGUCCUCUCCUCAGGCGGCGCUGUUGUUCAGACGUGCCCGCCAGCCGAGUCGAUCCGAGCCUCUGCUCCUCCUUCCUUCCGCCUCCGCCCUCCUCUUUCUUGUCCUUCUCCCCCUUCGCCCAGAAUGGGAGGCACUGGCCGAGUCUGUAAGCUCGUCGCCCACUGGGGCGUCAGUGCCUCACGGUGCCCAGGGCCGAUGAGCGGGUUGCUUCUUGCGAUGUGUUGAUGAAGUGCCAACCACGGCAAGCUACAACGUUCUCCCCCACAUCGUAUUGUUUGAACUAUCAGUACGGAAGCGGUGGCGUCGAACUUGCCGUAGCGUACCUGACAUCGCUCAUAAGAACGAUGUGAAUCAAGAUGCUAUUGGUGCAUGAGUUCAACAAAGGAGGAACAAAUGUAUAAACACAAAAACAUCCGGAGCUCGGAGCGUGUAUGGUUAUGCUGUUGUUUCUCCUUUGCGCUGUCCAGUUCUCCGAUCGUCGCCGUCACUCCUGAGAUCAUGGCGGCCGUCCGGAGGGCCCUCCGGUUCCCCGCGUCGCGGGCGGCCUCGGCGGCGUGUGGCAGCGGCGCCGCCGGCGCGGCUGGGGUGCCGCGCGGGCUGUCCCAGAAGAGCAUGUGGGGUGCCUUCGUGGAGGGCCUGCGGCAGUGCAGGAGCGCACUGCAGUCCUCGAAGGAAGAGAACACGCAUGUACCCACCAGAGGUGGACAUCUGCAACUGCGGCGCGGACCUGGGGCGCCCCAUUCCGAGGCCAGACCUCCUGGCCUGCAGCGAUCUGGAGGAGGGCACCCUGCCGUGGCGGAUUCAGAUGUACGGUGCGGCGCUCUACUGGCAUGUGGCCUCGGUGCCCGGAGACCAACACGGCACUUUAGACCUGAACAUGUUGCGAGGUAAGGACGUCCUGGAGGUUGGGUGCAUGCGCGGCGGAGGGGCCCGCUACCUGGCCACGGUGGCAGGCACCCGGAGCUACGUGGCGACCGACAUCGAAGACGAGCACAUCGAGCUCUGCCGCCGCCGAUGGCUACCGAGUGGGGAUGUCCGCCAUCCUGGCGGCCUGAGAUUUGAGGUUGCCGCCGCGGCCAAGCUGGCCGAGGUCUACCCGGCCGACUGCUUUGACUUUGUCCUCUGUGUGCAGUCCAUCGCCCUGUUUGCAGAUCCCGAGGGGUUCGUGCGCAGCGCCCGCCACGUGCUCCGGCCGGGGGGGCGUUUGGUCAUCUGCGAGGCCCUCUCGCGCAGGCACUUGCAGAAGCUGUUGACGUCCGUGGAGGGGGCGGGUCUUGUCUGCGACGCCGUGAACGAUUUGAGCGGCGCGGUGAACUCCGUGGGCUUUUGUAAUAUUGUCGGAGAGCGCUCGUACGUGCAUUUGAUCGCCAGCAAGGGGUGACAUCAGGAAAAGACGGG